AUGGCACCGCCUACCAGGGCAGGGCUGUAUGACACAUGCGGUUGCGUCGAAGGGAUUGAAUUGGAGCGUAAUGAGAAUGAGACUAUCCCGGAGGAACACCACUGUCGCAAAAAGAGCUUCUUGCGCAAACUCAGGUUAAGCACUGGACGCAAACGAGAUGUCGCAGCAGACGAUUCACCGCCAUUUAUCAUGCGUGAGAUUCCUUACGAGUUGUGGCGCAAACAUUACGCAAAGGACCAGGACGGCAAGUAUAGAGGUACUCAUGCUCCCGCCGAGGAUUGCCUUCUCAAACCCGACGAUGUACAAAAGUGGCGGCUAGGCGAUCCCGUCACCAAAGCGGACAAAUGGACCCGAGGAGGGGAGGUACUCCCCGUUUACGCAGAGGUUUGUGCGGAUGGUCUCGUGCCAGAGUACGAGGUUACCCGUCACGGCCAAGAGAGGACAUCUCCCAUUGAUUCCACCAUCACCAUGGCCAGUGAACGGUUGACUAGCCCGACAUGUGGAAGGACGCAGAUCAUCGCCGCAGAUACCUGA